AUGUUGUCCAGAAUCUCCAAAAGCGUGCUUCGUAAAUCCUCUGUCAAUAGACUUUUGCCUUUGAGAUCAGCUUCCUUCUCCACCUACAAUUCCGCCGUUGCUGGUCUGUCUCCUCAACAAGAAGAGCUCCGUGAAGCUGUGCACAACUGGGUCAAUGUUGAGCUCAGUCCUCGUGCUGCUGCCAUUGACAAGGAAAACGAGUUUCCCAUGGACAUGUGGCGCAAAUUUGGUGAGAUGGGUCUUUUGGGUAUUACUGCUCCCCAAGAAUACGGUGGCCUCGGAUUGGGUUAUUUCGAGCACACACUUGUGAUGGAAGAAAUCUCUCGAGCCAGUGGUUCUGUCGCUCUCAGUUAUGGUGCUCACUCCAAUCUCUGUGUCAACCAGAUCACUCGUAACGGUAACAAGGCACAAAAGGAAAAGUACUUGCCCAAGUUGAUUUCUGGUGAACAUGUGGGUGCGUUGGCCAUGUCUGAACCUGGUGCUGGCUCUGACGUGGUGAGCAUGAAAUUGCGUGCUGAUAAGAAGGGAGAUCAUUAUGUGUUGAACGGUAACAAGUUUUGGAUUACCAAUGGCCCUGAUGCGGAUGUAUUGGUGGUGUAUGCAAAGACGGAACCUGAAGCUGGACCCAAGGGCAUUACUGCAUUCUUGAUCGAAAAGGAUUUCAAGGGCUUCUCCAGAGGACCCAAGUUUGACAAACUGGGUAUGCGUGGAUCCAAUACCUGUGAGCUCAUUUUCGAGGAUUGCGAGGUACCUGUCGAGAAUGUGUUGGGUGAAGUCAAUAAGGGUGUCUAUGUUUUGAUGAGUGGUUUAGAUCUUGAGCGUUUGGUGCUUUCUGGUGGUCCCUUGGGUUUGAUGCAAGCCGCAUUGGAUGUCACUGUUCCUUACGUCCAUGAACGCAAGCAAUUUGGCGUCCCUAUUGGCGAAUUCCAAUUGAUGCAAGGCAAACUUGCUGAUAUGUAUACUAAAAUGAACGCAUCUCGUGCCUAUGUGUACGCCGUCGGUAAAGCAUGCGAUCGAGGCAACAUUAGUAACAAGGAUUGUGCAGGCGCAAUAUUGUAUUCUGCUGAGCGUGCAACCGAAGUAGCCCUUGAUGCUAUCCAAUGCCUCGGUGGUAACGGCUAUACCAAUGAAUACCCCACGGGUAGAAUCUUGCGUGAUGCUAAAUUAUACGAAAUUGGUGCUGGAACAAGCGAGAUUAGACGCAUGCUGAUUGGUCGUGAAUUCAACAAGCAAUUUAAAUAA